AUGAGCGAAUUUAAGACACCAACGACAAAAAAAUAUAAAAACAGAUUACAAACUAGUCCAGAGUUGCAAACUCCUAUUAAAAUACCAGCUUCACCGUUUUUAGAGAAGAUAGGUUAUGGCUGCGGAGUUAAUGUAUUUAGUCUGGAACGAUCGCCAAAGGUCGGCUUUAUCCGAUCUCCAUGGGCGAUAAAAAAACGCAAUUGCAAAGUUACGGAAGAUCAAAAAUAUAACGAACGUCUUCGAUUUGAGGCAGAAGUACUUCGUAAAUUAAAUCAUCCAAACGUUAUUGGUUUUCGUGCUUUCGUCGAACUAUCAAAUGGUGAACCAUGCUUAGCAAUGGAAAAAUUGGACUCUUCUUUAGGUGAUAAAAUAGAACAAAAACUUGAGAAUGAUGAUGACGACCCUUUUUCUGCUAAAGAUAUUUUAAAAAUAACAUAUGAAAUUGUAAAAGGAUUAGAAUAUUUACAUCAUAUUGCUAGUAUUUUACAUGGUGAUAUAAAAAGCUAUAAUGUAUUAGUUUCUGUAGAUUAUAAAACAGUUAAGUUAUGUGACUUUGGAGUGUCUUUGCCAUUGACAGAACUAUUAGAAAUGGAUACUUCAAAUGGAAAUUUUUUAUAUGUGGGAACAGAAUGUUGGAGUGCACCUGAAAUAAUAUUUGAAGAUGGUCCUGUUACAAAUAAAGCAGACAUUUGGGCAUGUGGUCUUGUAAUUUGGGAAAUGAUAGCCUUAUCACCACCUCAUGUAGAAUACUCAGAAGUGAACAUGGACAGUUUAGAUGAUUCAAUGUCAGAAAUGCAAAUGAAAAAUAGUACAAGGACAAAUGAACGAGAUAUCUCUAUGGAUGAUAGUAGUAGUUUUCUUAAUGAAGUAAUUAACAAAAAGUAUGGUACUCGUCCUGCAUUACCUGCUAUCAAUCUAGGAAAAGAAUAUGAUAAAGUGCUUGAAAUGUUUUAUGCGUGCACUACUGCAGAUUAUAAACUUAGGCCUAGUGCCAAAAGUCUUGUUCAUUAUUUUAAAAAUUAUGUUUAUACUACCAAUAAGUAAUGUAUUAUCUAUAUAUAUUAUUAUCUUUUUUAAACGAUUUUAUAAAUUUAUUAUGGUUUUUCUAAAUUAUGAAUUUAUAAUCGUUUAUAUAUUAUUAUGGUUAUAGUUAUUAUGAUAUG